ACUUGCCUAGUGUGUAAUAGUUAGACGAAUCUGUUUUAAGUUAUUUCCUAGUGGAAAUUGUAUAGAUUUUUUCCUUCAGUCAGUAACUGUUUGAUUUAGGGUAGACAAUUUAUCAUUUAUCAUAAGAAUUGUACUUCGAUUAAACAAACAAUUGACUUGAUGAGAUAUGUCAUUCCGAAACUUUGUAUCACCGUCUGGUGGUAAUGAAGUAAGGAGGGUGAUCAAUUCAAAUUCCGAUACAGAAUCUCAUAAGAGACACUUUUUACAUGAUGAAGAUAAUACCUUCCUCCCUCCAGCAUUAAGUUCAUAUAGCAUAGCAUUAUUAAAUGAUAGAUCUAAGAAUUUUAAUAAUAUAACAGGAAUAUAUGAACUAGAUUUCCCCGAUUACAAGAAGUCGAAUGUAUUAAGAAACAAACUAUCAGUUCAUUUCAAAGAAGUAUCUCCAUUAAAUCAAAUGAUUGAAGAUUCCAAUGUCAAUAAUAAUAAUAAUAAUAAUAUCGAUAAUAAUAAUAAUAAUAAUAAUAAUAAUAAUAAUAAUAUAAAGCCAGUAUCUCGACAAAACAGCAUAAAUUCAAUCAAUACCCCUGAACCUUUUAAUAAUAGUUCAAUUCAAGAUAUUCAAACAUCUGCUCAUAAUUCUUUUAAUUUAUCCAUUAAUAAUUUUUCAUCUCAUACUCAUAAUACUAUUUCAGAUGAAGAUAUAAUGGAACAAGUAGCAUCACCUCAUUCAUCAACUUCACGAACUCCAGCAACAACUCCAGGGAGUAACAUACAUAAUUCAGCUGAUAAAAAACUUACAUCAUCAAGAACUGGAACUGGAACUGGAACUGGACCUGGAAGUUCUUCUCAUACUGUAAAACGAGCCAGAAGGUUUGGUAAAUCACUUGGUCCACCUAAAAGAGCAUCUCGAUUUAGUGACAAUUAUGAUAAAAUUGAUAUUGAUACUAAUGAAAGAAAUACAUUAGCUUCAAAUACUUCACCACCUCCAAUGUUUAAUUUAAGUAAUUUUUCACCUAAAAUAUCAUCGAUUAUAAAAAAUCCUGAUUUUGAAAAUAAUUCAUUUCAACAUAAUAACCUUUUACGAGAGAAAUUAAGUGAAUUAGAAAGAAAUAAUGAAUUUAAGACAAAACUGGAUACUUCAAUAGAUAAUAGAAAAGUUCCUGUUUUUAAAGAAGUAGAUAAUAUUAAAUUAGAAGAAAAAUCAAUCGGUAGAUUCGAAAUUGUAAAGCAAGAUAAUAAGGAAAAUUUAGAAACUAGACAAAAGGCAAAUGGGAUUAUUAAACAAGAAAGAAUUCCAUUAGCAAAUGUUUCUAUAAGUCAAAUUAAUAUUCCUAAUGAAUUCGAUAAUUUCAGAAAACCUAAAAUUCCUAAAGUAACAAAUUAUCAUUCAACUGAAUUAGAAGUACCAGUAUCAGUACCUCCACCUGUAUCGGUAAUAUCUGAAGUUAUUCCACUUGCUCCACCUGCUUCUACAACUGGUUUAGAAGAAAAUAAAAGGAAAAAAACCAUAGUUAUUAAUGGAUUACAUUAUGAAAAAUUAGAACUUUUAGGUAGAGGUGGUACAUCUAAAGUUUAUAAAGUUAAAUCCCUUUCAAAUAAUAGAUUAUAUGCUAUUAAAAAAGUUACAUUUGAUCAAUUUGAUGAAUCAUGUGUAAAAGGAUUUAAAGGAGAAAUUGAUUUAUUAUUAAAAUUAAAAAGUUAUGAUCGAGUAGUUAAAUUAGUUGAUCAUGCCGUGGGUGAAGGAUCAAUUUAUUUAAUUAUGGAAUGUGGUGAUAUUGAUUUGGCUCAUGUAUUACAAAAUAAAUUACAUAUGAAUAAUCCAUUAGAUUUAAAUUUUGUUCGAUAUCAUUCAAUUGAAAUUUUUAAAUGUGUUAAAGCCGUUCAUGAAGCUGGAAUAGUUCAUAGUGAUUUAAAACCAGCAAAUUUCUUAUUUGUUAGAGGAAUUCUUAAAAUAAUUGAUUUUGGAAUUGCUAAUGCUGUACCUGAUCAUACAGCUAAUAUUUAUCGAGAAUCUCAAAUUGGUACCCCAAAUUAUAUGGCUCCUGAAGCAUUAGUUGAAGUAAAUCAAGGAUUUCCUGGUAUUGAUCAAAAUUCAAAACAAAGAAAUACUUGGAAAGUUGGUAAACCAUCAGAUGUUUGGUCUUGUGGUUGUAUAAUUUAUCAAAUGAUUUAUGGUAAACCACCAUAUGGAGGUUAUUCAGGAAAUCAACGUAUAAUGGCUAUAAUGAAUCCUCAAGUUAAAAUUCAAUUUCCUAAUAAAGGGAUUGGAAAUAUUCAAGUACCAUUAAGUGUUAUAGAAUUAAUGCAAAAUUGUCUUGAAAGAAAUCCUAAUGAUAGGUGGACAGUUGAUAGAUGUUUAAAUUGUGAUUUUUUAAAACCUAAAGUUGUUAGUGAAAAUUUCAUUAGAGAUUUAGUUCAUCUGGCUGUUAAUUAUGGUUAUAAUAAAAGAAGUAAUGGGAGUGGUCCAAUGGCUAUGGACGUUUAUGAUGCAUUGGUUGAUUCUGUUUUACAACAGAUUGAAGACCUUAAUUACGCUUAG